AUGAAUUCUCCGACUUGUUCCUGUCAGUUCAUCCAGAAGAUACGCAACCUAAAUUUGCCGUAUUACCAGCAACAGAAUCAAGCCGGAUUUCUCAGCCUCGAAGAAAUAGUCAGUUUAGAUUGGCGCUCCUCGAAACUUGUACAAGCAACACAACACUGCCAAUGCUGUGUUACUGAUUUGGAAAUCAUGAUUGCCACACAAUCAACGUUGGAGACAGUCUUGAGCCUCCUCGAGGCAGCACAAAGUGCCUAUGGUUUACGAAUCAGUCGCAGACAUGGGCAAUCUUCCGCACAAGCAAUGAAUGAGAAACUAAGGCGAGGAUCAAAAGACAACAACAUGGAUACGUCGGGAGAUGUUUUCGUGCUAGGCCGGGUUGCUCUUGAUGAAGAAGAUUGCGACGCGAUGGCACGCAGCCUCAUCAUGAGCGCAAUCUUGAGAAUGGCUACAGGUGUUCGUGAGCUGAGGGAGAGGAUUGCAACAUACAGGGAUGACUCUUAUCUCCAGUUGCGAUCGGCCGGUCAGUGUUGCACUUUACCAAGACAAACGAAGGAUGCGGACAAUGAACUCGAUAAUAAAUUGAGCAUGAUGUUAGCUCGAAUCCGCGCAGUAGUGGCACGAGCGAGAAUGUGA